GGAGUGCGCGGCGCACGGCGCGACCCGGAGACGCGCGGUCGCCGAGCCCUGGGGCCGCCCGGGCCCGCAACUCGGCGCGCCCCUGAGGCCCUCGGGGCCUCCGAGCCUCCGGGUCGACCGCGGGUCGACCGCGAGUUAGUCUGCCUCCUACUGUCAAGGAUUGGAAGGAACUGGCCUCGUCCAGAGUAUUGUACGCUUUGAGUAUCGGUAAAUGCAGUGGCCGAAGGAAACAUGGACCCGUCGAUGUUCGUUGCCUACACCCCCGAAACAAAUGGAGUUCCAUUGGAGUCCAAGCUUGCUACCUACAUGAAUCACCAGAGUCCAGCGGUGGCUCUCGGUGCGGCGUCGGUUACAAAGCACUUGUCGAACCUUUCGCUGGAAGGCCAGAAAAAGGCGACUUCGAGUCCAGAAUUCGUCCCUGCCAGAGGAAUCUCGGGAAGUAACAGCAGCUCGCCGAAUCUUUUCAAUAAUUCCUAUCAUUCUCAGGAAAACGUGGGCGGCACAACGUAUUUUUACCUGGGGCACGCCGCACCCGAUUCCGUGGGAGCGGAGGAUGCAUCCGAUCCGAUGACGAACAUCGCGGCAGGGCAGGUGGGCUACGUCUAUCCCGGCACCCCUGCCCAUCUUCAGCCGGUAAAGCCGACGAAAUCGUCGUCCAAUAGCUCUUCUGCCCCGUCCACUCCUCCGCCUCAAGCCAACCCCAGCUUCUUCGUGACCGAGAGUCUGCGCUUGGACAUCCUUCAAAAGAACGCGAUGACCCUGACUCAACCCGACGUCGUUCGGUUUCCCGAUUUGCCCAACGAAGUGGACAACUACCAUGAGCUGUGUCCUCUCGAGGCCGUCCACAAGGCCGCUUCGACGGUACUCGGUUAUCAGACAUCCACCUACAAGGCAACCAACGUCAAGACGGGCACCCGAUACUGCUUGCGCAGAGUACACGAUUUCAGGCUCGCCAACACCAAGUGCAUGGUGCUGGUGGACAUGUGGAAGCGGUUGGCGCACACGAAUUUGGUCCAGCUCCGGGAGGUCUUCACCACCAAGGCCUUCGGCGAUCAUUCCAUGGUAUUCGUUUACGACUACCACCCGGGGUCGGAGACACUGCUGAACAAGCACUUCUCCUCCACCGAGGUCAACGGAUACACGGACCCGUUCUCCUCGGACCCGAACGCGCCGCGGCCCUACAGCCACACGAAGAACACGAUCCUCAGGCAGCAGCAUGGGAGCAUGCUUCCUGAAAGCAUCAUUUGGAGCUACAUCAUCCAGCUGACGGCCGCCCUGCGCGUCGUCCACGCGGCUGGUCUCGCCUACAGAUGCCUGGACCCGACCAAGGUCUUGCUCACGUCCAGGACCCGACUUCGUCUGAGCUGCGUCUCGGUCCCGGACGUCGUAACCUUCGACGGAAGCGCUGCGAAUCCCCUCACCCUGAUACCCCACUACCAGCAGGAGGACCUGAUAGCGCUGGGUAAGCUCGUGCUCGCCCUGGCGUGCCGCAGCCUCCUCGCCGUUCACCGCGAUAACAUGCAGGCUUCCCUGGAGCUCGUCGCCCGUUCCUACUCGACGGACCUGCGCAACCUGAUUCUGUACUUGCUGUCGAACCAGGCACGGAGGAGCGUGACGGAUUUGAUGCCCAUGAUCGGAGCACGAUUCUACACCCAGCUGGACGCGGCCCAGCUGCGCUCCGACGUCCUCGAGAACGAGCUCUCGAAGGAGCUCGAGAACGGACGGCUGUUCAAGCUCCUCGUCAAGCUGGCCACCGUAAACGAGAGGCCGGAGCUCAACAUGGAGCCGACCUGGGCAGAGACGGGCGACCGGUACAUGCUCAAGCUGUUCAGGGACUACGUGUUCCACCAGGUCGCCGCGGACGGGAGGCCCUGGCUGGACAUGGCCCACGUCGUCUCUUGCCUGAACAAGCUCGACUCGGGCUCUCACGACAAGAUCUGCCUGAUGUCCCGGGACGAGCAGAGCGUCCUGGUGGUGAGCUACGCCGAGCUGCGCCAGUGCUUGGAGACCUCCUUCGGGGAGUUGGUGCAAUCCUCGAAGGACGCCGCUUAAGGGUACGAGCGCCGAGGGAUCCCGAGAUGGAAACGGCCGGGGCUCGACGCGGCGCCGAGCGACUGAUGUGAUAUAUCGACACUUAGCGGUACUAUCGUCUUAGACUUAACUCGGUGAUUAGACGCGGCGAGUCGCGAGAGGACUUCCGACUCGCGAGGCGGCCCGAGGUCCGGGAGGAAGGAUCGCGGGCCCGAGGACGACCCUAGAUAUACGACUUGGAUGUAACAUACGUACGCGACAUGGAAAUCAUGUUACGAUAAGGAGGGGGAGACCGGAGACGAGCGAGCGGCGUCUCCAGAAUCCACUACGGUACUAUAAGAGGGAGGGACGGAGAGAGGAACUCGUUCGCGCGACGAAGACGCGCUCGGCGGGCCUCGAGGACCGAGAGAACACCCGAGAUGCGGUCGGUGUAUAGGAUUAUAGAGAACUUAGAUCUUAGGAACACAGCUCGUAAGCAUUAAUUUUGAAAUAAAUGUUUAUUUUUUAAAGCAAUCCUAAA